AAGCUGGGUUCUGCAGCGGGCUUGUGCUGGGCUGAAAGCAAGCCGCGGCGCUUGGACGCUGCCACGGCCACAUUUCCCGCACCAAUGAGGCUGCCCCAUGCAGUGCUCUUGGCUGCCAUGCAGCUUGGUGCUGCUGUAGCUCAGCCGACGGCGCAGCCGACGACGCCAAGGCCGACGCCCAAGCCGACGCCGGGGCCGAGUGUGACGCCUGGGAACCCGACGGCCAUGCCGGUACCCGCGCCAACGCUGAAGCCGACGCUGGCGCCUUACCCGCUGCCGACGCCGCGCCCGUCGGCCGCGCCGAUGCCGGUGCCGACGAUAGAGUCGUGCGAAAUGGUCCGACUGCGCACGGGCCCGCCGCCGAACGUGUACUCGGCCCGGUUCGCGUCGACGGGCGCGAGCAUCCUCGUCGACCUCGACGCGGUGUCCGACAUGGGGGGCAGGCUCGCGGGCGAGUACUUUCCGUGCGCCGCGCUCCUCGACUUCGCCGACGUCGACACGGCGGAGUGCGUCUGGGUCAGCGCGACGCAGAUCUCCGCCGAGGUCAACAAAGCGCUCAAUUUCGUACCGGGCGAGAAUGUGACGCUCCGAGCCCAAACUACGAUGCUCGCGUGCGACGACGACCGCUGCGACUGUCGCGUGGGCAACACCGCGUCGAGCGUGCCGGCGACCCCCCCGGACCCGCUGCCCGACGUCGAACCGGUCUUCCAGGUGCCCGACUCGAUCGCCCUUUGCGAGGAAGGCGGCCUCGCAGUCGACGCGUCGCAGUCGAUCGGCUCGGGCGGCCGCGACUGGACGCGACUCGUGUGGUCCGUGAACGCGACGGGUCCGCCGGGGCCGAAGGUGAACGGCACUGCAAACGCGACCUUUGCCCUGCUCUAUAUGCAAUAUAGAGCAACGACCGUCCUCUCGUCCGAAUUCACCGCAGAGACGACCGAGCUGCAAGCGCUCGCCAUAGGGGGCUUCGACACGCUCGUCCUGUCCCUGGAACUCGAGAACUUCCUGGGUAGCACAAAAACAGAGUCCGUGGAAGUGGCGCUCUCGACGAAGUCGAUCCCGUCGGUCCUCAUCGUCGGCGGCGCCAACCAAGUGGCGAGGGUCGGCGACGCGCUGACCGUCGAGGCGUCGGGGCUCGCGUCGGGCUGCGACGGGCGCAGCAAGGCGCAGCGCGCGGUCGACUACGCGUGGAGCCUCUACCGCCUCGACGGCGUCGACGACCCGGAGGAGGAUUGGACGCAACUCGCCGAGGGCGCCGAGUUCGUCGCCGUCGGUAAUUGCGAGUGCACGGGAACGCAGGGCUUUGACCCCUGGGACACCUCUGGGGCCGAGUGCGCCGCGGCGGGCUGCGUGUCCUAUCCUCCCCUCAAUUCAUUCGCACUCGAAGCUCUGGAGGGCUACCUCACGCCCGAGGACGCGGCGUCGACGGGCAACGGCACGCGGCGGCGCCUCACCGGCUCAGCCUACCCGUAUUGCCAAUGCUGCGAAGCCGCUUGCGCCUCCGUCGGGGGCCACUGGGAGUGCGGCGAGGCGGGCCCCGAGUUCAAGCUCGACCCGUUUUCGCUCGACUCCGGUACGACGUACGUCGCGCGCGUGGAGGCCACCGACACCAAGUAUGACCUCUCCAACACGGCGGACGUCUACCUCGCCGUCGGCGUCGGCAGCGUCGUCGCGGCGAUCGAGGGCGGCGACCGCGUCGUGUCCGUCCAGGACGAGCUGCAGCUCGACGCGUCCUCGUCCUUCGACGAGGACAUCAACGCGGACUGCGGCGACGGCGCGGGCGACUGGCGGGCGAACUUUGGCCGGCGCAGACUCGCUCAUAACGAUCAGCACGGGGCGGGCGCCACGGGCGACUGCGGCACGGGCGACGACGCGGGCCUGUCGUUCUCCUGGAUCUGCGAGGAGCUCGCGGUACUCGACGACGGGACGAAACAAGUAAACGGAAGCUGCGCCACCGACACCGAACCCUUCCCGACGGGCGUCUGGGCCUUGAAGUCGGUUGAGCAGCGGCUGAUUUUCUUGGGCACUUGGCUCGGCACGGGCCAUUACCGCUUCACGGUGACGGCUACGUCGGCCGAUGCUAGGAGCUCCACCACCUCCGUCGACAUCGAACUCAUCAACGAGGAGCCGAGCAAGGUCGUCGUGUCGAACUUCGCCCGGAAGGUAAAUUCGGCGGAGCGGCAGACGAUCCUGGGCAUCGUCACGCCGCCCGACGGCGUGGUGAUCGACGACCUCACGACGACGUGGACGCUCGCCGAGGGCUACCUCGCGGCCGACCAGACGCUCCAGGAGGUCUCCAGGACCGUGCUCGAGCUCCAGGCCUCGGGCCAGCGGUAUCACGACCUCGUACUCGACCCCGGCGCGCUGGUGCCCGGCGGGACGUACAAGUUCCUCCUCACCGCGACGCUGACGCCGGAGACCGGCGACACGACCGAGGGCUACGCGAGCGUCGUCGUGGCGGUGUCGGCGCUGCCGUCGGCGGGCGUCGUCGCGGCGUCGCCGCGCAAGGGCUUGGAGCUCGAGACGCCGUUCGAGCUCGUCGCGAGCUACUGGGUCGGCGACGAGCUGCCGCUCAAGUACGGCUACGAGACGGGCGAAGCGGUCCUCCGGAGGCCGACGGCCGACCCGAAGCUCUCGGACGUGCGCCUCUCGGUGCCCGUGGCGACGACGAGCGAGCCCGGGGAUGAUUAUUAUGAUUGGUGGCACAACGUCACGUUCUACGUCGUGGUCGUCGACCAGGUCGGCGCCACGGGCCAGGGCGAGACGUCGGUCGCGGUCUUGGAGAACGUCCUGGAGCCAGAGGCGCUCGCGAACCUGACGAACGAGCUCCUCUCCAAUGCGUUCGCUACCGCGGACCUCCCGGGCGGGGCCGCGUGCCCGGCCGCUGACGUCGGGCCCCUAGAUCCGACGCCGAAUCCGACGACAAGCCCGAUGCCGACGCCGGCGCCGGGCGAUUGCGUCUCAGACGACUUCGAGGGGCCGAGCCUCGGCAACCAGUGGACGGCCACCGACGCCGGCGGCGACGGCAACUACGUCGUCGGUGGCGGCGCGAUCACGUUCAGCGGCUUCUCCGGUCUCAACCACGUCCGCAGCGUCCGGACCUUUUCGGCGCCCUUCGGCUUCCGCGGGGUGGGUUCCGCAGCGUCCGCCUGCUGCUACCACUACGUCGCGCUCUCGACGGAGCCGGUCGACGCGGCCAACGCGUGGUCCGGCGGCCCGGGGGUCGUGCGCUUCAUUUACCAUUGCGGCAAAAUCUUCAUCUACGGCCAGUCUGCCACGGCGGAUUCAAACUGUGCGCUGAACACGUCGCACAACGACGUCGAGGUCAGAGUCCUCGACUCGGAGCUGACGUUUUCCGCGGGCGCGUGCGAGCUGAGCCUCGCGGACGGCAUUGGCGCGUCGGGCCCCCUCUACGUGUUCUUCGGCGGGGGAAGCUACGGCGAGCCGGCCGUGUGGCACGCGGCGAGCGUGUGUCCGGGGGCUUACGCGCCGACCGCGGCGCCAAGUUUCGCUCCGACGCCGGGCCCGACCACGAACUACGCCCCGACGCCCGCCCCGUCUCUGGCGCCGACUCUGGCGCCUACGACGGCGCGGCCGACGACGCCACAACCGACGCCGGUGCCGACAGAAGCUCCGGUCGUCACCGGCGCCGUCGCGCUCUCGGGGAUCACGGUGGCGGAGGCGGAGAGCUCCAAGGCCGUUCUCCGGGACGCCAUCGCCCAAGUCGCGGGCGUGGCCACGGAGGCCGUGACGAUCCUGAGCGUGGCGUCGGCCCGCCGCCGCCUCCAGGAAGGCGGUGUCGUCGUCGCGUACAAGAUAGAGUCGAACGAUUUCGCCGAGGCGGCGGACGCCGCCGACAAGCUCCAGGCCGCGGCCGACGACCCCUCGGUCGUAGAUACUGCGAUCGAAGAAGCUGCGAAGGACGCGAACGCGGAGGCAGUUUUUGCGGGCGUCAGCACCGAGUCGCUCACGUACGACGUCGUCGCCGCGACCGACGCGCCGACCGUAGCGCCCACGACGUACUGGGACAACAAGAAAAAGAGGAAAGAGGACACCCGCCUCUUGAUCGUGAUCAUCGUCUGCGCCGUCGCCGGCUGCUGUUGCCUCGCGGCAUUGUCGAUGGCCUGUUUCGCCAAGCACAAAAAGUCCCCGGAGCCGCCGCCGAUCAAGGCCCCGCCGAUCUCCCUGGGCGGCGUGGACGUCGACGUCGGGGAGGAGUUGUUGUGCUCGCCCCGCCGUGUCGGCAAGAUCUACGCGCCCCUCGCGGCCUGGUACAACGCGCCUGAGCGCGCCGCGCUGCGCGCUAAGCACGGACCUCUUCCCCUUUCUCCCGACGCGUUCAGAAAGUGGCCGGCGAUGAAUUUAGUUACCAUGGCCUUCCUCGACGACCAGGGCGUGCCUCCAGCCUUUUAG